GUGUGCGCUGUUUGUGGUGCUGAAGCUGCGCGUGCCUCGGAGGUUGCUACCAUAGAAAUCCACUCGAGCAUCCUUCCGCGAGGGGGCCAGAACGAAGAAUCAUUUGUUUUCGACGAUUGGGAAAUAAGAUGUCCCUGCCAGCUGUUUAAGCCUUAUUUCUCUUUUUAUAACAUCAUUUAGCCUACAUUCAUUCUUUAAGCACAAGUUAACAAAGCGUGGACGUUUCUGAAGCCGUUUUCUCUGCUGUUUUUCGAGGCUCGUCUUCUCUCCGGUGCCGCCGUCUGCCCAGCAGUCUUUGCCGCUUCAUCUCACAUCCUUUAUGCACAGCACGCUGCUCCGGUCCUCCCCAACAAAACACACAUUCGAGUCCGAGCACCAUGGCCCGCUCCCGGCGCUUUCACUAAGAGACAUGGAAGCCAAACAGCACCCGAUAAAGAGCAUCAAAAGCUACCCGGAAACCGGCGGCCGGAGCCUGGCAGCGGCCGCCGGAGGAGACGGUGGGUAUAAAGCCGGCUCGGCAGAAAUGGAGAUGGAGGCGAAUAUCAAGAAAGCCAUCGACUUCAAGGUGGAGGGUCACCGCUGCUACAAAGAGAAGAAGUUUCGGGAAGCAAUCGGCAAGUACCACCGGGCGCUGCUGCAACUCAAAGGGGUGCAUGUUGUCGACGGGACGACGGGCUCCGAGGUCAACCUACUGAACCAACCCUCGACCAAGCUGACCGAGGAACAGCGGAGAGCCGUGGAGAGCACCGAGAUCGAGUGCUACGACAGCCUGACAGCGUGUCUGUUGCAGUCAGAGCUGGUAAACUACGAGAGGGUAAAGGAGUACUGUCUGAAGGUGCUGAGCCACCAGAGAGACCACUUCAAGGCCAUGUACCGAGCCGGCAUCGCCUUCUAUCACCUGGGCGACUACGAAUGUGCUCUACGCUACCUGCGUGACGCCAAGAACCGCGAACCCACAGACACCAACGUGCUGCGGUACAUCCAGCUGACAGAGAUGAAGAUAAGCAAGAGCGGUCAGCGGGAACGAGAGAGCGGCAAAGAGACCCAGGGCUGACCCUCGACCUUUUCACCCUCCUAAACCUUUCAACCUUUGACCCCACAUCGAUCCUCCCUCUCUCCUCCUCUAUCAACUCCUGACAGCAGCACAGCCCACAGACAGAAGACCCAAUCACCCGCCAGCGAAAAAACGGGAGAUAUGUCAAGCUCUGUCUGCAACCCGACCUCCUUUUCCUUCUCUUCCCUCUUCUUCUCCCUCUUUUCUCCCCUGCUGUGUUUCCUCUCCCUAGACGCAGACAGUCGAGCAAACAUAAACAAGACAAGAAGAAAUGCUGUAUUAUACUCAAAUGAAACGGUCAUCGUGGUGGAAUGAAAAAAGGAGCUUUAAAACAUACUUAUGAAUAAUGGACAUUUGCGUGAUUUAGUAAAUGUUUUAAAGACAUAAAAUGCAUUUAGUUUCUGCUCUCUUGCUCUCUCUUUUUCUAUCUGCCUUCUCUCUCCAUCUUAUUUCGAAUUCUUGAGGAAAAUAUCGGGGUUGGGAAGCUCGACCACAGGACAGGACUGUGUGUGGACAUAAGCGGUGGAUAAUGAGGGGUGUGCGUGACACAUAUCAAGAUUUGAUUGUACAUCCUACCCCAAUAGGGCGCACUCAGGCCCCUUACGCAGACUAUGGGACAGACUAGCCCGGGAAAUCUUUCAUCAAGUAAAGAAAACGCCUGCCUUUGUGCUUAAUCUAUCGCUCUACUGUCUUACUUUUCUUUCCUGGAUGCCAUAUAUCUCAGUUUCUGGACUGUUUUUUUUUUUGUUUAAUUCAAGGGCUAAUUCAAGUGUUUGUAAACCGUUACUAGGGUUUUUAUUUUGCUUUGGGCGUUCAUCAUACUCGUAGUCAUUCAUAAAUUGUUAACGGCAUCUGUGUCUCCAGCAGUUCCUGCUGUCAUCAGGUGUGCUAUUGUGGAAACUGGUGUGUCUUGAAACUGUUGUCCAAAGCCCCUUCUGGGCUUCUGUGUUGUCGUAGAGACUGUCGAAAGCCCCUCCCUCCCCUCCCUGUUGUCCCGUUAAUGAUGUCACAAUGGAAAAUAGCCAAUGGGAUCGGAGUUCCAUCAACCGCCGUUGGCUAGAUGGAAAUCCACUUUAAAGUUUCACAGCGAGAAACACUUUAAAGUUUCUAAACGGAGGUCCAACCUUUUAUCGCUAAUGCUGAAGCUUCGCAGACAGCGAUAACACGCCGAGGAGACUCUGGGCAGCGUUAGUGCAGGGAAAAACAAUCACAGACAUACUGUCCUGACAGUCCAGAUUGCCAUCUUGGAGCACUCAGAUUUAGGGCACUUCAACAAGAGUGUCGCCAUUUGAGAUUUCCUCCUAUAGUUUACUGAUAAAUAAAACUUCUGUGUUUGAAAAUGGUUCCAAACAUAGAGCUGUAAGGACAGAUAACACACAGCAUUAGCAUUAGCCAACACUAAUGGAUAUGUGUGUGGAUAUCCAUGGCUAGCUGUCAAAAGAUACAUAAAUAAUUUGCUUCUCUUGUGACUUGUGAAGCUGAAUCAUUGAUAAUGCAAAUAUUGCUUUUAUGAUAGCAUUACCACACGUUUAAGUCUGCCUGCGCUGUUCUGCAGAAAGUGGGAUUGAUGAUUUGUGAAAGCAUGACCUUAAUUUCCCUUCUCUCUGAUGCCAUGAAACUCAGUUUCCUGUUUCCCGUGUGCAAGCCCACCUCCUGCAUGUAACGUGUGGCUCCAGAGAGUUACUUCAGAUGUUUGGGAUAAGGAUUAUGUCUGCUCUAUUGCUUUCUGUCAUGGCAUGCUGCCACACUGUUCUCUCAUACCUCUAUUUUCUCUGUCCUGCCCUUUAUAAACACAGAAGGUGGCGACAGACUGUGAUCACAGCAGUAGAAUAGGUAUCAAAAAAAUCUUGAAAGAAAACAGGUCUUUAAUAAAUCAGGGUCACCUUCUGCCUCGGCAAAGGUGAGAGAUAAGAGAUAGUUCCACCGCUUAAGAUAGUCAAAAAGGAAAUUAAAUCAAAGAAAGAUACUGUAAAAGAUUUCCCCUACCUAUUUUUUCAGUGACCUGCUGGAGGUAAAUGGGGAUCUAAGUGUGUCAAUGGGGCUCUGGAGAGACGGCACCAUGCGUUGAGGGGACCGGCAUGAUACAGAGAGGCUCCAGUGGAGGGACAAGUAGGCCAUAGUCAGCUGCAGUAAAGCAGCUGCAGCUCCAAGUCACUCCUGCAGCAGAGACACAGCAUUACAAAAAGUUCAGAGCUGGGAGAUUUAUCAUCAUACAUUAAAUGGCUGAAAGUAUGUGGGCACCUGAGCAUUAAACCCAUGUACGAUUACUGAACAUCUCAUGCACAAACUUCAGGUGCUGCCAUAACAAUCUCCGCUGUUCUGAGUCACAAUGAAGUGCAGUAAUUUCACACUCUGAUUUCGGACACAAAUACUAUAGUGCCCUAUGUAAAGUGAUUUAGGACUUAACAGGUGUUACUUUAUUGUUGCGUUAAGAUUAGGCCCAAAUCAAAAGAAAAUUAAAGUUUGGAGCCAGGGGUGUCCAUUUAGUUUUAUUAGCCAUAUAGUGUACAUCAUAGGAGAUAUAUCUCAAUAUAAUUAAAUAAUAAUAACAUAACAUUUUCUUAAAGGAAAAGUCUGACAUUUUGGGAAAUAUGCUAAUAUGAAGCUACAGCCAGCAGCAGGUUAGCUCAGCUUAGCACAAAGACGGGAAACGGGGAAACAGCUAGCCUGGCUCUGUCCAAAGGUAACAAAAUCCACCUACCAGCACCUCUAAAGCUCACUAAUUAACACUUUCUAUUUUGUUUAUGUAAUCUGUACUAAAACGGACGGAAAGUGAAUAAGCAUAUUUCCCAAAAUGUUGAACAACUCCUUUAAGUUAUCGUACUGAUUGGAUUGUCACUCAUUUCUCAGAGAACACAUCACCGGUGUAUAGCACUAAUUAUAAAUACAGUAAAUAAAAAAAACAGUGAGUCCAAAAAAAAAUUGAUCUCCAAGCUCUGGGGUUGAGGCUCUGGUAUCUCAGAGGAAAUAAAACAACAAACAACAGCGAGGAAAUGGCACCUACAGGCUCGGUCUCCCUGGCUGCCUGAGCUGAGUCUACUCACCCUCUGGCCCCUCGGGGACAGGUCUCCUCCCGUGGUCCUCUCUCCAUGGCACCGGUCCGCCAUCUUGUUUUUGUCUAGCUGUGCUAAGUCAUUCUAGCUCAACAUGUACUACAACCAUCUAGGGACAACUAGCUGCACGGAAAACAGGCUUAUCUCUAGCUGAUCGGUUCUUGAUUAAUGACAGAGAUGACUCCGGGGCUGUUAUUGUGAGCCUAAUCUGUGCAAAUAGAGAUAGAAACACCUGAUCUCUGCAUCAGUGUAGCUUUGAAAACCGACAACAAAAAGCACAACAAAAAAGAGACGGACAAAGUCAAACUGGCUGUGUUAUUUUUUGCUAUUUUGCUUUGAUGUCAUUUGAGGUCAAUGUUUGUCAAAUGUCAGAGUAGUUUUUUGUGAAUAUAUGAUACAAAUGUACAAAAAAAAUAACAAAAAUGGAAAGUUUAUGGUUGUGAAGAGCUUUACUUUACUGAAUUACUUUAUCAACAAAAAAAGAAAAGCAAGAGAUACAAAAGAGAUAUUUACUGACGCUCCAUCACACAGAGCUGCUUUGUGACGGUGUCUGUAUUUGUUAGUAUUUCUGUUGACGUCCCUUUUCAUCAAGGGAUCCAGAACCGGCUCAGAGUAUGUGCAAAGCCCUUUGACACCCCCGUCUGAAUGCCCUUUGACCCGACUCUUCUGUCUCUGCACAGUAAGACGAGUAGUAAGAGUGAACUCUGAGGAACUUCUAUCGGAGCGCAGAGCUGCUCCUCACAGACACAGACCUCCGUCCUGUUGGUUUCUGUAGUGAAGGAGAGAAAAGCAAGGGACACGAAGGUGGGGAAGUCAAGGCUAUGACUGUGUCUUUGUCCCGCCUCGCUCCAAAGAGGCGUUUUUCCAUGCGACAUCCGAACAUCACAGGCCUCCAUCACUGGUUUUACUGAACUGCUAGCCCGGGAAUGCACUAUUGAUUGGUUAUGAAUAAAGUUUCAAACAAAGAGGAA